UAUGUUGUGAAGCUGUUGCUAAUUGCUUGCAACACCGGAAGUAGUAUUUUGCUAUGAUCUCGCGGGAAUUCCGCAGAGAGGCGCCCUUCCCUGCACCUUCUCGAGAAGACGAGGAUAGUUGAAAACCUGCAGAAAAUAAAUUGGUGCUGGGACCUCUCUGCCAUGACUGCUCUGUUUGGCUGUGAGGAAGCAGCCGCAUGGAGGAGAGUGUAUGAGAAGUACUGGGAUGUGGUGGAGGUCAUGGUCAAAGGCAAGAAACCUAAGCUUCUACAUCUGGACAAAUGGUACCAGGAGGAGCUACCUGCGCUGAUUUCAAGUCGACCCGACAAACACCUCACCCUGUCAGAGCUGGUGAAACUGAUGGAGUGGAAGCUCACUAGAGGGAAGUUCAGGCCAAGGCUGCAGCAGCUGGUGGCCUCCAACAGUGAGGACACGGUUCAGAAAUGCUGCAUAAAGGCGUUUAGCCUCCUCCCUGACGUACAGGCUGCCAUUGCAGAGCUCAGCAACCUGAAAGGAGUCGGCCCUGCCACAGCCUCAGCUGUGUUGGCAGCAGGAGCUCCAGAACUGACUGCAUUCAUGUCUGAUGAAGCAAUGGAGAGUAUACCAGGGCUUAAGCCCAUUCAGUACACAGCUAAGCACUAUGCUCAGUACCUGGAGAAAAUGGCUGCACAGUCUGCAAAACUAAACAAAGUGGAUCCACAGCAGGACUGGACGCCCCACAGGCUGGAGUUGUGUUUGUGGGCGAUGAGCACAGCCACUAAGCAACAGCUUCCUCUCCUGAAGAAUCUUAGCCUAAAGGGCAGCGGCACACAGCAGCAGACCUCUGACCCCAACUCUGACCAGAGACCUGCCAAGAAGCUUAAAGCUUCCUGAAAACCAAAAAACUUUGACUACCUAAGGUUUCUCAUGUUUGUAUUUUUUAUUUUUACAGGAAUAAUAAAGUUUUCUUAUGAAAAAAAA